AUGCUUGGUGUGGAAAUGUACCCUAGUUUGGCCCUGGGACCUCAAAGACUGGGUGACUGCUUUUACAGAGAUCGCGAGCCCUCUACCCAUGUGCCUUUAUACCCAAACACGUGCGACCUGGCUGCUCGUGGCCUUCCCCCUCGGCUGCUGCAGCCCCCUCCUCCCACCGCCGAUCCAUCUGGGAAUCCUCAGGAUACUGUCAAAAUGGAACUUGAAAAUGGAUCACUGUGGAAACAGUUCAGUUCAGUUGGCACAGAGAUGAUUGUUACAAAGAAGGGCAGGAGAAUGUUCCCACAGCUGCGCGUGAAGCUGUCAGGACUGAACCCAACACUGCGUUACAUUCUUCUUUUAGAUAUUGUACCAGUUGAUUCCUCUCGCUACCGUUUCCAAGACAACAGUUGGCAGGUAGUAGGUGGAGCAGAGGCUCGGUUGCCAGACCGCGUCUUUAUCCACCCAGACUCACCCGCAACUGGAGAGCACUGGCAGAAUCGCACCAUAUCCUUCCACCGGGCCAAACUCACGAAUAACACGUUAGAUGCACAAGGAUAUGUCAUCCUCCACUCACUGCAUCGAUACCAGCCACGCAUUCAUGUGAUAGAGGCCCGAGACGUGUUGAUGUGGGGAAGAGCUCAGCACUCUUUCACCUUUCCUGAAACACAGUUUAUUACCGUCACUGCAUAUCAGAACACCAAGAUCACUGACCUAAAGAUCAACUCCAAUCCUUUCGCAAAAGGCUUUAGAGAGAACGGAAUGAACUGCAAGAAACAAAGAGAGGCACGGUUAAAGAGGAAAAUCACAUCCAAUCAAGAGGACUCCUUGGAUAUUGAAUCUUGUGACCCUUGUGAUUCCACUGAGCUCCUCCCACAAUCUGUGGAACUCACAAACUCCACCAUCUCCAUGAUGAACACUGCCCUCCCUAUUAUGGGCUCCAGUUUUAACACAGACGUACCAUCUCUGCCAGAAGAAACAUUCUCUGGCCAACCACUUGUCCUCAGUCAAGCAUUUUUGACUUCUGAAGUGUCUGAGAUUCCCUCCACAAUGGAGAACCAACAACAACUAACCUCAGAAAACAAUGUAAACAACACACUGAUGGAUGAGUCUGGUCAAAUGAUGGGCCAUUCAGGAUACAUGUCAAGAUUUCCAACCCCCCAGCUCAGCUCCUCGGCACAAUCAGGACCUAUGCCUCAGUCGUCUUCCAUCUAUUCUGCAGUGUCCUCCACUCAUCAUUCUGAUCUUGAGCUUCCACACUCCUCCACAACUGCCUCUCCACCCUCUAUGUCCACAUAUUCCUCUAUGCUUUCAUCAGAUUAUAAUUCUCAAAUUUCCUCCACAACUAUCCCCACCUCUACAACCUCUCCUCUUGGCUCUUCUUACCCUUCUAUCUCUCACUCCACUCCUUCGCAUCUUCUCCCCUCUUCAUCAUAUUGCUCUCUUCUGACAUCAGAUCAAUCCCAGGACAACCUUAGUCCUCAUACACCUACAAAUCCAACUUUCCAGUCUAUUCCAUCUUCCUCUUGUCAAGGUUCUGGGUUAACUAUUGACCCUACUCAAAAUCAGGUAGAUGAUGGUGGAUUAAGCUCCACCAGUGCAACAACAACCCCGGUUAUUCAAAACUCAUCCCAAACAUCCUUUCCCUUUCCACCGAUGCAGUCUUCAACCGAUCGUGACCCAACAUCUCCUCCAUGCCAAAGCCUACCCCAGACUGCUCUCUCCUUCCCAGCUGUGCCACAGUGCAACCCUAACACCAAUCCCACCCCAUCUGACCCAAACAUGACUCCAACUGCUUUUCCAUUUCCUCCUUCUGCACAGUCUACCCCUAACACCAUGAUGACUCCUUCCAAUUCAGACAUGACUGUCCAUCCCUUUGCCUCUGUUCAACAGAAUCAUAGUCUACACCUAAAUACUGCGGAACCUACUCAAAAUCCAGCAGCUUGUUCUUUUCCACUUCCCCAACCAGUAUAUACCUCAGGUCUGAGCACUCUCUCAGCAGUUCCAAAUCCAAUUUAUUCAACAGCUGGACAUUUUUCUUUCCCACCUACCAAUGUUAUCAAUCAAGGUCCAAUACAAGCUGUUUCCAGCACACUUCAGCCCACCACAGCAUACCCAAUGCAGCCAUUUCCUACAUCUUUAUCUAAACACAACCCUCCUGGGUCAAACCCCUUUCCAUCAUCCCACACAUCUUACCCCUUCUCUACUCAUAUUCAAUCUGGUCCACAUCCUCUCCAGAGCAUGGCUCUGCCCUCAUCCAACUCAAUUCAUAGUUACACAGCAAUUUCUAACACUGCCCAAAUUCAACCUUGCUUUACACAGUCAUACCCUAAUCCCUCCUUCCCUCACAUUCCACCCCAGGCCGCAAACCUUUCUCAGAUCUCAUCUCAGUCCUUUCCUCCCAUUCAGCCAUCAAACACCUCUCAGUUAGUGCACCCUUCUAUCCCCUCAGCCCAUCCACAAUGCACUGCCUCUACGAAUGCAUACCCUGCUGUUGCUCCCACUGAGAUAGGCACCUUCUCACAACUGAAUUCUGCUGCCCCCUAUCUACCAGAUAUGGUACUGCACCCUUCUUUGCUCCCUCCUCUGGAUACCUCUCUCUCCUCUUCAGCUCCCCCAUCCCUUUAUAACCCCUUUCCUGCCUACUCACUGCGUCUUUGCCAGGACCCACGGUCUUCGCUGCAUUUACCUCUCAGGCAUAUUUAUAGGCAGCCACAGCAUGCCCAUGCUCAUGGUCAGGGGUCUUACUUUGAUCUUGGAGGAAGAGGAGUAUUCUGA